GGGUAAGGCGGGGGGACCGGCGGGGGAACGGGGACCCGCGGAGGGGGUGACACCGGACGGGGCUUGCCCGAGGUUUGGGCUGACGGGGGUGAACGGCCGGGAGGUGACGACGCCCGGAGCGACGUCCCGCCAGCAUGGGGGACACUGCUAGCACCAAGCUGGGCCGGUGGUGAGACAGGAGGGGUACGGAAGAAGAGGAUGGAGAGGGGGGGGCGAAGGUGAAGGCAGCCCCCCCCUCCCAAAAUAUCCCCUACCCUAUCGAGCCAUCGCCAUGGCGACCAAUUUUAACGACAUCAUCAAGCAGGGCUAUGUGAGGAUGAAGAGCAAGAAGCUGGGGAUCUACCGCCGGUGCUGGCUGGUCUUCCGCAAAUCCUCCAGCAAAGGGCCCCAGCGCCUGGAGAAAUACCCGGAUGAGAAGUCGGCGUGCCUGCGGGGGUGCCCCAAGGUCACCGAGAUCAGCAAUGUCAAGUGCAUCACGCGGCUGCCCAAGGAGACCAAGAGACAGGCGGUGGCCAUCGUUUUUACCGACGACUCCGCCCGCACCUUCACCUGCGACUCAGAGCUGGAGGCGGAGGAGUGGUACAAGACGCUGUCGGUGGAGUGCCUGGGCGCCCGCCUGAACGACAUCAGCCUGGGGGAGCCCGACCUGCUGGCGCCCGGCGUGCAGUGCGAGCAGACGGACCGGUUCAACGUGUUCCUCCUCCCCUGCCCCAACCUGGACGUUUAUGGUGAGUGCAAGCUGCAGAUCACCCACGAAAACAUCUACCUCUGGGACACGCACAACCCGCGGGUGAAACUGGUCUCCUGGCCCCUCUGCUCCCUGCGCCGCUACGGCCGCGACGCCACCCGCUUCACCUUCGAGGCCGGACGGAUGUGUGAUGCAGGAGAAGGUCUCUACACCUUCCAGACGCAGGAGGGUGAGCAGAUCUACCAGCGCGUGCACAGCGCCACAUUGGCCAUUGCUGAGCAGCACAAGAAGGUCCUGCUGGAGAUGGAGAAGAACGUCAGGCUGCUGAACAAGGGCACCGAGCACUUCUCCUACCCCUGCACCCCCACGACCAUGCUGCCCCGCAGCGCCUACUGGCACCACAUCACUGGCUCCCAGAACAUGGCCGAGUCCUCCAGCUAUGCUGGGGAGGCGUAUGCAGGCGCCCAGGCCAGCUCGGACACCGACCUCCUCAACAGGUUCAUCUUGCUGAAGCCAAAGUCCUCCAAAAGCGACAAGCCUGAAAGCAGGGAGCCCACAUCAUCCCCGUGAGCCGGUGUAGAGGGACUGUGGCAGGGGUCCCCUUUUUCUUCUCCAAGGGAUGGCAGGGACACAGGCAGUCACCCCUCAGAAUCUCCAGGAGACUGAGCUGGGGCACCUCAGUGCCGAGACCUUAGGAAGCAGGCACUGGCUCACGCCCUGGUCUGGCGUUAGUGGAGGCGAUGGCUGGCUCAGCCUCAACUGACUUCAAAUAUAUAUUGAAUAUCUGUAUUGUAAGAGAUAUUUCCUUCUCACAUGAAUGCAAAUGUGGUGGCUGCUGAAGAGCCCUUGGGCAGAUGCUCAGAGGUUUUUGACUCUCGGGGAUCAAACUGGGAGGUGAAGAGAGGUGGGGGGGGGUCAAGAAAUUUGGAGUUUUCUGCGUGGCAGGAAGGCUGGAGCAUCACUCUGCCAUGGAGCAGCGUCGGAGGAUGCAGCUGUGCCAGGCUGAUGGUGCAGGGUCCCACCCCUCCAUGAAGAGUCGGGUGCUCCUGAGGACACCCUGCUCACAUCUCUGAGCUGAUUUUUGCACUUCUUCAAGCUAUUUAAACACUCGCUGUAGAAUUGAGAUGUCUCAGGAGAAACUGGUUUUCCUUCCAGGGGGUUGGCUGGGGUGAGCGGCUGGACAGAGCCGAGCGCCCUGGCUUCUCCCACCCCAACACCCCUCAUUCCUCCCACAGCUGUGUCCCCCUGCCAUGCCCCUGGUUUAUCUGCUGGUGGGCAACCAUGGGACUGGUUUUGGCCAGUAGCAUCUGUCUCUCAAGGGGCAGCUUUGUGGAUAUGAGAAGCCCCAGGGCAGAGAAACCCAUGCUGCUGGGGAGAGAGCCACAUUCCUCUGUGCAUUCCCUUAGCCCUCACUCCCUCCUCACCCACUGGGGGUGGAACUGGGCUUUAUGUGCUGAACUUAAAAGCAAUUGAUUUUUUCUAGUUCUCCUAUUUAUUGACCUCCUUUAGAAGGGCUAUCUUUUUAUUGCCGUGCAAACCUUGGUGUUUCUUUGGAGUCUUCUUUCUGUCUGGAUUGGAUGCUUGAUGGUUUUAUUUCUGCCCUUUAAAGCUCCGGGUCCAUGUGUUGGGCACAGGGAGUGUUGUGAUGUGGGAAUCUGUGGUCUGUAAAUACUGUGUUUCAGGGUGGUGUAGCUUGUGGCUGAGGGGACAUGGGGACAGAGAAAGGCUGCUCCUCACAGCGUGGCUGGGCACAGAGGGGCUCUGGACCCUAGCACUGCCCAGCAGUGUGUCCUCCCUGGGGUGAGAGGUGGAACCUGCUCUCUUUUCCUGGCUACACACCUCAUCCGGAAAAGAUUUAACAUUUGUUACCAAAAAUGUUUGGGUUUUCUCUUUUUUUAAGGAGUUGCUCAAUGAAUAAACAACCCUUAUCCA